AUGGCCACCCGCCGUAUCAUCUCCCAAGAAAAAACCCUCCUCGACCAGCCCGACCCAAACUCCCUCUCAUCCUCCUCCCCAGCUCAAAAGUCCAACAUCACCCCCGCCGUCCCCUCAGCCGUCAUCUUCAAGCUCCUCGCCUUCACACUCGCCAUGAUGGUCGUACCUAUCGGGUCUUACUUUGCCACCGUCAACACUCUGUUCAAAGGCAACUCAACCUACGCCGGCGGCCUCGCAGCCAUUAUGGCAAACGUAGUCCUCAUAGGCUACGUCCUCGUAGCCAUGGCAGAGGACCAGUCCGACCGUCUAGAAGAGGAGAAGAAGCAAAAGCAAGAGGGGAAGAAGGAUCGUUGA